AUGUCCGCGCUCGCCGCCGGCGCCGACAUCAAGAGGGCUCCGGAGAGCAGCCCCGAGACCAACAUCGAGGAUGAGCUGCCCGACGGGCCGCCGCCCCCGCGCCCCAAGAACUACCUGCUCCUCAGCAUCCUCGCCUGCUUCUGCCCCGCCCAUCCCAUCAACAUCGUCUCCUUCGUCUUCGCCCUCAUGGCUUUAAACAGUUACAAUCGAGGAGAUAUAGAAGGGUCAAAAAGACUGGGUCGCAAUGCGCUCUGGGUUGCUGUCGCAUCAAUUUUCAUUGGCCUUGUCGUCAUCGGAAUCUAUUGCGUAGUUCAUUUCACAACGUAUGCUAUCUGAAGACCAGGACUGCACUUGAAGGAUAUCGUCAUGUAAAUCUCAGGAGGAGAAAAGUAAGAAGAAAAGGAAGUUCUUCAUUCCAGACUCUUAGAUUUGACCCUGCAAGUCUCUCUGCAGAGGCAUGUUGCUGGUGGAUCAACUGAUAAUUCAGUUAGUUAAUCAGUGUGGUGUGACCAGGUAUUCAAAAUGAUUUAUUUAUAAGGAAUCUCAGUAUAAAGCAGAAUUUUCUCUUUUACUCUAAUGUACAAUGAGAUCUUGCCCUAAUGACUCCCUUUUCUUUCUAAUUUAUGUGGAAUGUAUGCUGGAUCCAUGGUGUUCCCUGGCUGAGCCUAGUCAGUCAAAGCCAACUUACCUAGACUGUUUAUAGUGCAUAGUGUAGGAUCUGAUGCACAACCUGCUAGUAGAACCUAGUAGGAGAACUCCUGCUGCCUCCAGUGGACUUUGGGUCAGGCCAUUAAGGAUUCUUAUAUUCCUUUAAAAUAGCCUCAACAUAAACUAGUCAUAACCACAAGUUUGUGAUUUUAUCUUGCUAUGUGCUUUUAUAAUGCCGUGGGUGUACUCUGACUCAGCGGCUGCUUUCUUUGUCACCUUCAGCUUUUCAGUCUUUCACAUUGUUUUUUUCACCACGCAGUGACUGAUUUCAAUAAUUUGAUUAUUAAGAGACACUCUUGUUCCAUAGCAUUCAUAUUUUUCUUAAUGAUUUCUUUUUGUUUUGUUGUCUUUCAUUGUUGAACUCCCUUGACUUAGCUUCAGCCCUGCAUUAAAAUUGUACUGAGCAUAUUUUUCUCUUUAAACUUCUCUGAUCCAUGUACGUAAGAAGUUUCUCUAUUUUUUCAUUUGACAAAGGAUCUUCUUUUUAAAUAGAUAUGUUUCUUCCUCCCUUUGUUAUUGCUCCUCUAGCAAGUCACAUAGUUUCAUUAUAUUCUGCUUUGUCAGUGUCUUUUUGUUUGAUUUACCCUCUCAUCUUGCUGUGAAUAGUCUGUACAUCAAUGCAGUUAGACAUGGACAGAUUCUUCUACCCUUACUGGUGUUACAUAGACUCUUGCUGAUCUUGAGUUACUACUCAGUGAACAGCCUUAAAUUACAGAAUUGAUGGUCUCUAAAUUAAUGCAAUUUCUUGAUACCUUAUGAAAAUAUAGCAUGGGACAGUUGUUUUUUAUUAGCUGAAAACUUUUUGAGAUAACAUAUUUGUUCCAUCACCCAAAUAUUCCAUGUUCAAAGGAGUAAACUCUAGUGAUGAUUAACACAGAUGGCUACAUCUUCAAUGGUUGUUGCUCCAUUUGCUUUAAUUGUUACUACAUCUUCAAGAAAGCUAUGUCAGUUUACACUUACUCUCCUUGCACUGACUCUCCAGAAAUUCAUGGAGAAUUGCAGGUGCAAGUGAAAAAAGAAUCAAGCCUGGCAGGAGUACAACUAUGUAUUAUCAAAGUAAAAAAUCAAAAAGAAAAAUCUCCCAGGAACCUGUAUUUGUCAAAUCAUAUGUCUGGAAGCAGCAUGUAUUUUCCGUGCCUUGAGAUUACACGUCUAAUGUGCUUUUUCAUUUUUCUUUCUGCCAAAUUCUUUUUUUCACUGAAGUCAGUGAUGCAUAGUCUAUCCUUAAUUACCGUGGUAUAAAUCUUCGCUUAUACCACUGAAAUCAGUUGAUUUCUUCAGCAUUUACAGUGCUAGAAUUUGUCCACAUGGGAAUCUUGCCACUGAUUUUGAUGAUCCCAGGAACUGGCUGUUCUGUGAACUCUUCUUUGGUUUUCGAAUACAAUUUCAAUGGUUAAUAUGUCUUGUGGGACUUUUAGUAGCUUGCUGUAUUGUCAGAUAUAAUAGAACUGUCAUUGAGAAGUGGAAUAAAAUUACUUUUAAUUCA